AUGUCGGAGCGGCUUUCCCGUCCGUCCAGUCCAUAUCUGGAGCCCCCGAGGAGGAGUGUUGAGUUGGAAGACUCGGGGGCUCAAGGUUCAGUUCCCAACAGUGACGAUGAACAUUUUUCAGACGCCAGCGAAGGCCACGAGCGCUCUCAUUCCCGCCCACAGUCCGGUCGCACAUCCCCUAUCCCGUUGACUCGAGUUGAGAGAGUGGACGAUAGUCCCGCACACGGUGAAAUUCCCGGUACAACUGCAUAUGAAAAAAGGGGACAAGACGCUGUCCCCGAUGAAAUUGAAAUCAUCCCAACGGGGUCACGUAGCAGGAGCUCGUCCACUGUGGGGUCGCAGAAGCGCCCAUUGACUCCGGGAGGGUCGCCCAUCCCUCGAACAAUUGUUGAAAAGGUUGAUCUAAAUCAGCCAAGCCAUGGGGACGUCCCUGGAACGCUUGCAUAUGAGAAGCGUAGAGCGGAUGCGGUACCAGACCUUGUCAUCAAAGUGCCAGAACAGAUAUCGGAUAUCGAUUCACCAGCGGAUGGCGCCGAAUCAAACGAGCCUGAAUCCGUCACCGGCACGCAGGUCCCUGCAACAGUCGUCUCACAAGUGGAUUCAACGGCAAUUGACGCUUCCAGCCCACACGCUCAUCGGAGGCGCCCAAGUGAUGCCAAUCCAGAUGUGAUAGAGAAGAUUCCAGAUGCACCAGAUCACACCUCACGAAGAGGCUCAUUAACGAGCGAAAAUGUCAAUCGUGACUCAGGUGAUGUAGAUGCCGAUUUCGACUAUGGGGGCAACGACGAACCCGAAAAUCCUGAGGAUCAAGCAGCUGCGGACGACUUUGACGACUUUGCAGAAGAGCAAGAUUUGGCAGAUGAUGAUUUUGGUGACUUUGACGAUGGCUUUCAAGAACCGGAUGGAGAGACUGCUGCGCCCGAACCGAUUGAGUCUCAGCAGCCUCUCCCACAUCCUCUAGCUCCUCCCAUAAUAGAAUUCGACCCCUUCCAGUCUUUCCCUGAUCUCCACGCCGCCUUGGAUCAAACCCUCGACAAACUCUAUCCCGCUUCCAAAAAUGUUUCAUCGCUUCCUCCUCUAGAGCCAAUCCAAGAUGUCUCCUGUAUCUUCAGUACUGAGCGAUCCCUGUCACUUUGGUCUCAGCUCGUCGCGCCGCCACCAUUGCAGCCGCAGAACUGGGUCAAAUCUCGGAUUCGUCGUCUUUUCCUGGUUUCUUUGGGCGUUCCCGUUGACCUGGAUGAGAUACUACCGGCUUCGAAGCAAAAGAAGCUUGUGCUUCCAUCUAUCAAUCCGAGCGGCUCAGACACUAGUGGAUCUGCCGUUCACUCACGCUCUCAUAGUCAGGCCAGGAAAAGCGGCUCACAAGACGGCGUUGACAGCCCAACAACGUCUGGUCCAGCAGCUCGGCAUCGAACAUCUCGUCGCCGUGACCGGUCUCCGCCACCUGAGCUGGAUUUGUCGGCGGUGCGGCGACUGUGUGCCACCACCGAUGCAGCAUUGGACGGGCUGACCGACGCGGAGUUGAGAGGGCAUGUUAAGGAACUGGAGCAAGUCACGCUUCGGGCCAGUUCUGUCCUUGAAUACUGGCUGAAGCGCCGAGAUGGACUACGUGCCAUCGAAGCUCUUCACCAGGAUGGUGUUGUUGUCGUGGAAAACGCAAUUUCUCCUUUCUACUUGGAGGAGCUCGACACUCUCAUGACUCCUGACGCUCAGACACUCUACGAGAAAAGAUCUACGCACCGGAACUUUGGGCCCGAAACGGGGAACAUCCAGCAAGAAGUUCCCGUACAGAAGGCCAUUGACCGUUUUCGCGAGCAGAUACCCGAUGCCGAGGAUGGCGAACAUAAGGCGCAGAAUCCCUUAUCGAUGGUCAUCGCAAACCCCUUCGCCACCGCUAUCAUCGAGUGCAUGCUAGGCCCCAAGCCACAGCUUCGAUUCCUCAGUGCAAACACGGCCUUCAGGACCAAACAGGCAGGUCGUCAGCCGCCGCAUAUCGACGUUGCGUUUGACUUUCCCCGCGUUCCGUUCGGCUUCUGCGUGAAUGUAAAUCUAGUUGAAACGACAGCUACGAACGGCGCGACUGAGCUCUGGCCUGGAACGCACACUGGCACUGAUGUGUCGGUGCUGAUGCCUGAUAAUAGUGGAGUGAUUCGGAAGGAGCUGGUGGAGGCUCGACGCAAGCUCUGUCCGCCGGUGCAGCCUGUAUUACCCAAGGGAUCCAUAAUCAUUCGAGAUUUUAGAUUGUGGCAUGCUGGGAUGCCGAACCGGACGGAUGAGCCGCGGGUUAUGCUUGUCACUGUGUUGUUUGCACGCUGUUUCAACGCCUUAACCUCGUCUUUAAUUCUGUCCGAUCAAAAUACUUGCCUGAAUCCUGAAAAAUCGGUCGUCUGCACCAAAUCAUCAACCACAAUGGGUAUCGCCAAGAAGACUCGCAAGUUCGCGCAGGUCAAACGCGCCAUCAGCCAGCGAGACAACCGCGUCAAGCAGCCCUUGAACGGCAAGAAAGAAGAGAAGAAGCCUCAAGGCGAAGAACUUACCCGGCACAUCCCCGUCGCUCCAUCAAACAUGUUCUUCGCCGCCAACACCGCCUUGGGUCCUCCCUACACCGUGCUCGUGGAUACCAACUUUGUUUCACACACGAUCCGCGCGAAACUGGACAUGCUGCCCGCUAUGAUGGAUCUGCUGUAUGCCAAGUGCAUCCCGACCUUCACAGACUGCACCAUUGCCGAAUUGGAGAAGCUGGGACCGAAGUUUCGGCUGGCGCUGAGGGUCGCAAAGGAUCCGAGAUGGAAUAGACUGCAUUGUGAUCACGCUGGUACCUAUGCUGAUGACUGCAUUGUGGACAGGGUCAUGAAGCACAGAAUCUACACCGUCGCUACGAACGAUAAGGACCUUGUGCGGCGCAUCCGCAAGAUACCCGGUGUGCCAAUCAUGAAGGUUGCCAGAGGCAAAUAUGUCAUUGAGCGGCUACCUGAUAGUUUCGACUGA